UUGCGCUGCCCGCAUGCGUGUUAGGCCAUCUCUAGCGCAUGAUCUUAUCUUCUCCGGAUGUGUUCGUUUGGAGGAAAACAGACAUAUCAGAUGACCCAAUGCACGGACGUAGUGGGACUUUUGUCCACUUUCGACCCAUCCCCGAUUCAAAUUUGGAUCGUUUUUGGGUGAAAUGGAUAGUGGGCGGACGGGCGGGUCGUGUGCGCUUGUCCUCCCCUGACCCGCCCGUCGGUGGCUCAUGGGUCCAUUUUUCUAUCCGCUCCUGCCCCCCUCGAGCCGCACAUCCUCCAUUUUUCUCCACUCUUGCCCCUCCCCGCCGCCGCCGCCGCAUGCUGCCAUUGCAGCUGUGCAGCUCGGACGCGCGCUCACACAGCCUCCUUUCCCUCGACGCCCCCGAGCUACCCAACCACGGUCACCUGAUUUGCGCACCGGGCAGCCAGGAGCGGACCCGGUCAAGCUUGAGCUCGCCCGACUGUGGGAGGCUGCACCGUGCCAUGGGUUGGCUGGGCACCGGGCCGGAAGGUCCCGGCAAGGCCACAAGGCCGCAUGCAGGUACUGGCUCCUCCUCUAGCCUCUCGGAUCUACACCAUCGGUGGUCCGCCAGCAGAUACAUGAAUGGCGGUCGGCCGGGCUUGGUGCUGGCCCAAAAGCUCGAUGCACCGUUGCCACUCAUUAAGUGCGAUGACUACCCAAAAAAGGUCUUGCGCCGCAUAUCUACAACGCCAGAACAUCCCGGAUGGGUGUUCAUCAAGUGCUCAACCAAUGGGAAUGGAUGCAAGCUUUGGUAUUGAAAAGAAGAGUACAUCGAUAUAUUGAUAGAGCGUAAUUUAGUAGAUGUUCGUGCACUUUUAGCUAGUAUAGAGGUUAAAGACGAGACUAGUGCACUUGUUGCUAGAAUAGAAGCUAGACAUGAGACUAGAUGUGAGGAAGCAACGUCUACUUCUUUACACUUGAAGAAGAAAGAAGCACGCAAG